AUGUCUAGUUCAGCCGAUAGGAUGUUGAUUCCACUGAAUGGAAAUAGUAGAAGGAAAAGUGAGAGUGAAGAUGAAGAGAACAAAGACCGGCUCAGUGACUUAUCGGAUUGCAUUCUCCUUCACAUUUUAUCAUUUGUGAAAGCCAAACAUGCAGUCCAAACAUGUGUGUUAUCCACAAGAUGGAAGGAUCUCUGGAAAUAUCUCCCAACCCUUAUUUUACAUUCCCUAGACUUUUCCAGUUUGCCGAGCUUCACCAAAUUCGUCUCUCGGCUUCUGACUAUUCGCGAUGGCUCAACCGUGCUGCAAGGUCUAGAUUUUGAGCAUCUUGGUUGGGUUCAACCUAACCUCCUCAAAAGGAUUGUAAAAUAUGCUGUUUUACACAAUAUCCAGCGAUUAGGAUUGAUUGUCACAACCUCUGAUAUUGAACAUAUUCCGAAUUGCAUUUUUUCAUCUCAGACUUUGACAUCUCUCAAGCUCCUAUCUUACGGUUACACUAAGAGAACAUUAUUUCCGAAGUCUCUUAAUUUACCAGCAUUAACUACCUUGCAUCUAGUGAAUUUCGACUUCUGUGUAAAUGACGAUGGUGUUGUUGCUGAACCCUUUUCAGUUUUAAAUAGGUUAAAUAGUUUGAUCAUUGAAAAUUGUAACCUUAGUGGUGCUGCAUAUAUCCUAUGCAUAUCAAGUAAGACGCUGACCAAUUUGACCGUGCUUCACCCUUGUCAGUACUACAAAGUGUAUUUCUUUUCUCCAAGUCUUCGUACCUUUGCCUUUACGGGUACUCCUUUUGAGACUCUGUGUGGGAUAAAUAUAUCUUCCAUUGAACAUGUAAAUUUUGAUAUACAUUGGUGGUGUGCAGAGUAUUCUUUUAUUCUUCUCAGUUGGCUGGUAAACCUUACCAAUAUAAAAUCAUUGACGGUUUCCACAAGUACUCUUCAGGUUCUCUUUUCAAUUCCUUAUUUGUGGGAGUUUAAGUCUCCUAUCUUAGGUAGCUUGAAGUCAUUGAAAAUUAAACUGAGAGAAGACAAGUUACAGAAAGUACCUGGCCUGUUGAAAGAUCCAUUUUCAUCUGUACCUGAUUGGGUAGUGGAUUAUUUGCUUCAAAACUCACCUUCUGCAAAGGUUGACAUCAUAAGGUAUUAAACAUGACAUAUAUGCAUUCAACUUUUUAUGGAGACUUGGAGAGAUGCUUAUUAUAUAAUUACUCUGGUUUUUUUCUUCCUUGUCUGAUUUUCUUUCGUUCGUUAUUAUCUAUUUA